AGACUUAGCACAAUCUCAUCCGCUCUAAACAACCUCAUCAAAACUACUUUCUGGUCAGCGAGAAGCAAUAAUUAUUAUUAACAUUUAUUACCGAUCAAUAAACUUGAUUGCAUUAUGGCCAGCACCAUUAAGGAAGCUCUGUCGGUGGUGAGCGAGGACCAGUCGCUGUUUGAGUGUGCCUACGGAACGCCGCACCUGGCGAAGACGGACAUGACCGCGUCCUCCUCCGGUGACUAUGGACAGACAUCCAAGAUGAGCCCGCGUGUCCCCCAGCAGGACUGGCUGUCUCAACCCCCAGCCAGGGUCACCAUCAAGAUGGAAUGUAACCCUAACCAGGUGAACGGCUCAAGGAACUCCCCCGACGAAUGCAGCGUGGCGAAAGGCGGGAAGAUGGUGGGCAGCCCGGACACGGUCGGGAUGAACUACGGCUACAUGGAGGAGAAGCACAUGCCGCCCCCGAACAUGACCACAAAUGAGCGCAGAGUCAUCGUCCCCGCAGACCCCACGCUGUGGAGCACAGACCACGUCCGGCAGUGGCUGGAGUGGGCAGUGAAGGAGUACGGCCUUCCGGAUGUGGACAUCGUACUGUUUCAGAACAUCGACGGCAAGGAGCUGUGCAAGAUGACCAAGGACGACUUCCAGAGGCUCACCCCGAGCUACAACGCCGACAUCCUUCUCUCCCACCUCCACUACCUCAGAGAGACUCCUCUUCCACAUUUGACUUCAGAUGAUGUUGAUAAAGCCUUACAAAACUCUCCACGGUUAAUGCAUGCUAGAAACACAGGGGGUGCAGCUUUUAUUUUCCCCAAUACUUCAGUAUAUCCUGAAGCUACGCAAAGAAUUACAACUAGGCCAGAUUUACCUUAUGAACCACCCAGGAGAUCAGCCUGGACUGGUCAUGGCCACCCCACCCCCCAGUCGAAAGCUGCUCAACCAUCCCCUUCCACGGUGCCCAAAACGGAGGACCAGCGGCCUCAGUUAGAUCCUUACCAGAUUCUUGGGCCGACGAGUAGCCGCCUUGCAAACCCAGGGAGCGGGCAGAUCCAGCUCUGGCAGUUCCUCCUGGAGCUUCUGUCCGACAGCUCCAACUCCAACUGCAUCACCUGGGAAGGCACCAACGGGGAGUUCAAGAUGACGGACCCCGACGAGGUGGCCCGGCGCUGGGGGGAACGCAAGAGCAAGCCCAACAUGAACUACGAUAAGCUCAGCCGCGCCCUCCGCUACUACUACGACAAGAACAUCAUGACCAAGGUCCACGGCAAGCGCUACGCCUACAAGUUCGACUUCCACGGGAUCGCCCAGGCCCUCCAGCCCCACCCUCCGGAGUCGUCUCUCUACAAGUACCCCUCGGACCUGCCUUACAUGGGCUCCUAUCACGCCCACCCGCAGAAGAUGAACUUUGUGGCCCCCCACCCCCCGGCCCUCCCCGUGACGUCGUCCAGUUUUUUUGCCGCCCCGAACCCGUACUGGAAUUCACCCACCGGAGGCAUCUACCCCAACACGAGGCUCCCAGCCAGCCACAUGCCUUCGCACCUGGGCACCUACUACUAGAGACGCGAGCGAGGCCUUUCCCGACAGCACUCGAGCGCCAACACGUUGCCACGAGCUCUAUUGAGAACAGGAACCAAAGUGCCUGGAGGAAGCAGGGAGCUUGGCGGGGGCGGGGAAAGGAGCCCGGGGCGCCAUCCAAAGACUCUUAGCGGGAGGGACUUACCAAAGUAUUAUCCGGAGACCGAGAGGAUGCUGAACAUGUAACGUAUACGGACAUAUAAUCUGUGGACCCACCUUGUAAAAGACAUUGUACGUAGAAGCAUGACGUCGUAGGACAGAGUGCCCAGGAGAGCCGUCCCGAGACGUGCACCCACGUGAGCGUCGAGUUCCGAUCCCGCUGACGCCAGCCAGAUCGAACCGAGACAGCACAGAUUGCACGGUCUGGACCGAACGGGCCGUUCCGAAUGCCAUUUUAAGGAAAACUACCUGUAUUUAAAAAUAGAAACAUAUCAAA